AAAGUGCCGGCGGAGAACAUCAUGCUGGAUGUGUACGUGUUGAGCACCGACGGUCAGGUGCAGGACUUCAGGUUUCCUCAGACCAGCAGGGGCGGAGCUUCUCUUCAGCUGUCCUCCAACACGGUCAAAGUCAACAGCAAAAAUGGUGUUGCCAAGCUGGUUUUUGUGCUCUACAAACACCUGGGUCAGUUCCUCAGCACCGAGAACGCCACACUGAGGGGCGACCCGGGCGGACGCAACCUCUCCCUAACCGUCAACUCCCACGUCCUGUCGGCCUCCAUCACCAAGGAGUCCAGCCGCGUGUUCGUGACCGACCCCGUCGUCUUCACCCUGGAGCACCUGGACAAGGAGCACUACUACAAUCCGAACUGUUCCUUCUGGAACUACUCGGAGCGCAGCAUGAUGGGAUACUGGUCCACUCAGGGCUGCAAGCUGCUGGAAACCAACAGGAGCCACACCACGUGCUCCUGCAGUCACCUGACCAACUUCGCCAUCCUCAUGGCCCACCGGGGAAACGUGGGCGAGGGCGGCGUCCACGAGCUCCUUCUCACCAUCAUCACGCGGAUGGGCAUCGCGGUUUCCCUCGUCUGCCUCGCCAUCAGCCUCUUCACCUUCUGCUUCUUCAGGGGUCUGCAGAGCGACCGCAACACCAUCCACAAAAACCUCUGCCUCAACCUCUUCGUCGGCGAGCUCGUCUACCUCGUGGGCAUCAACAUGACGGAGCCCAAGCUGGUGUGCUCCAUCAUCGCCGGCGUCCUCCACUUCUGCCUCCUGGCGGCGUUCGCCUGGAUGUGUCUGGAGGGCGUGCAGCUGUACCUCAUGCUGGUCGAGGUGUUCGAGAGCGAGUUCUCCCGCAGGAAGUACUACUACGCCUCCGGGUACCUCAUCCCGGCCGCGGUGGUGGGCAUCUCGGCCGCCAUCGACUACCGAAGCUACGGCACGCAGCGGGCAUGCUGGCUGAGGGUAGAUAACCAUUUCAUCUGGAGCUUCAUCGGACCUGUGACGUUCAUAAUUGUGGUCAACGUCAUCUUCCUGGUGGUCACCAUGUGCAAGAUGGUGAAGCACUCCACCUCCAUGAAACCCGACUCGUCCAGGCUGGGGGGCAUCAGGUCGUGGGUGUCGGGGGCCUUCGCCCUCCUCUGCCUGUCGGGCCUCACGUGGACCUUCGGCUUGUUCUUCCUAGGCGAGUCGUCCGUGGUGACGGCUUACCUCUUCACCAUCUUCAACACCCUGCAGGGCAUGUUCAUCUUCAUCUUCCACUGCCUCCUGCAGAAGAAGGUCCGCAAAGAGUACAGCAAAUGCUUCCGCCAGUCGCAGUGCUGCGGCACCGUGCCGCCCGAGGGGCCGCACGGCGCCGCCAAGACAGCCACGUCCCGGUCCACGGCGCGCUACUCGUCUGCCACGCAGAGCCGCAUACGGCGGAUGUGGAACGACACGGUGAGGAAGCAGUCGGAGUCCUCCUUCAUCUCGGGAGACAUCAACAGCACCUCCACACUCAACCAGGGGAUGACUGGCAACUACCUCCUGACUAACCCUCUCCUCCGAACCCACGACACUAACCCUUAUAACAACCUUCUGGCAGAAACGGUGGUGUGCAACACCCCCUCUCCUCCGGCCUUUCACUCCCCAGGACAGCACUCACUGAGCAACAGCAGGGACCUCAGCGCCAUGGACACCCUCCCCCUCAACGGCAACUUCAACAACAGCUACUCCCUGCGGGACGACAACUACGAGAGCGCGGCCGUCCGGGCCCCGUCCGACCUGGGGGGCCUCCACCUGGACGACGUCGCCUUUGAGAAGAUGAUCAUAUCCGAGAUCGUCCACAACAACCUGCGGCCCCGCGGGGCCCCCAGGGGCCGCGACCACCCGAGGGAGCAGGAGAGAGCCCCGCCUCCGCAGACCAGACUGACAGUGGGCCGGGGGGGCGGCGGCGGCGGCUGCGGGGGCGGGAGCGGCAGCGAGGACGACGCCAUCGUGGCGGACCACGAGGCCGCGUCCCCCCGGCGAGGAAGCGGACGAGGGGGCCACGCCACCCUGGAGCUGCUCCUGCACCCCCACCACAAGGAGGCGCUGGAGGCCCCCCUGCUGCCCCAGAGGACUCACUCCCUGCUCUACAGCGCCCAGAAGGCCCCCCGGCGCCUGGAGGGCCCGGGCGGCCCCGGCCCCCAGCACGUCACCGCGGCGGAGGACGCGGGCUCCAAGUCGCCCGGCAACAACAACAACAACAGAGACUCCCUUUACACGAGCAUGCCCAACCUGAGAGACUCGCCCUCGGCUUCGCCGUACCCCCCCGACGACGAGGACGAGGAAGAGGAGGGGGUGGAGGAGGAGGAGGAAGAGGAGGAGGAGGAGGAGCAGCAGCUCACCUCCUCCUCGCCUCGGAGCGAGAGCAAGGACGCGUACCACAAAAGCAUGCCCGAGCUGGGCGACGGGCCGCCGCCGGCGCCGCUCUCCUACUACCACAUCAACCGGGGCGCCAGCGCCGGCUGCAUCCUGCCGCCCAGCGGCGAGGGCUGCGCGCAGGAAGGGGCGGAGCCCGCCGACGGACAAAUGCAGCUCAUCACCAGCCUCUGAGCCGCCCGCACACCCCCCCCCCAAAAUCUCGGGCGUAGAGCGAGUCCGGCUCCGCACGCACUCCCCCACCCCUCCCGCCCUCUUC